AUGAGUUCUUCGUAUUAUGUGAAUGCGCUUUUUAGCAAAUAUACGGCGGGGGCUUCUCUUUUCCAAAAUGCAGAGCCUACUUCUUGCUCCUUUGCAAGCAACUCCCAGAGAAGCGGCUAUGGACCAGGCGCGGGUGCCUUCGCCUCCUCCAUGCCCGGCUUGUACAAUGUGAACAGUACCAUAUAUCAAAGCCCGUUCUCUUCCGGAUACAGCCUGGGCUCUGAUGCCUACAACCUGCAUUGUUCCUCUUUUGAUCAGAACAUUCCCGUCCUCUGCAAUGACCUAACCAAACCCAGCUGUGAGAAAGCGGAGGAAAGCAACCUGCACAACCAGGCUGAGGCUAAUUUCCGGAUAUACCCCUGGAUGAGGUCUUCAGGUCCAGAUAGGAAGCGAGGGCGCCAGACCUACACCCGCUAUCAGACCUUGGAGCUGGAGAAGGAAUUCCACUUCAAUCGCUAUCUGACUCGCCGGAGGAGGAUAGAGAUCGCCCAUGCCCUCUGCCUCACGGAGAGGCAGAUCAAAAUCUGGUUCCAAAACCGGAGGAUGAAGUGGAAGAAGGAGCAUAAAGAGGAGAGCUCCAGCACUCCAGCUCCCAACGAGCCCACGUCAGCAGCAGCGUCUGUGGAGAAAGUGGAAGACGACGAGGAAGAGGAGGACUAAAGCGUCCCAUUCGAGGAAUCAGUCCCUUAGUAUAAUGUAUGCACGUGACAGUUGUAAAAGCUCCCUUUAAAGG